AUGAUCGUGAUUCUUCCUGAGUCAACAAUGGGUCUAAGUUCUUUUAAAUUUUUCUCAGCUGCACCAAGGCCUACUUCACAAGCAAAAUGUGAAAUCGAAUGGUGUCCGACAGCUGGUUAUGUUCCCUUUCAUGGUCUUGUCGGUCAUCGAACUUCAUCCAACGCUGGUGAUUAUGCUAAACCAUUAGUAGUUCUCUAUUAUAAUGUUGACUAUGUUCGUGAUACAAAGGGUACAAAUUAUGUACGUAAUCGUUUAUUAAAAGUCGCUAAAAAAUUAGCCGAGGAAAAAGUUAAUGUACGAUUUGCUGUCAGUAAUGCUGAAGACUUUCGUCAAGAAUUAUCUCAAUUUGGUAUUAGUGAUGCUAAAAAAGAUGCAAAAUAUGUAGCUGCUCGUGGUCCUCGAGAUGAAAAAUAUAUAAUGUCUGAAGAUUUCAGUUUCGAAGCUGUUGAAACAUUUGCUCGUAAAUUAGCUGCCGGUGAGCUUGAACCAUAUUUAAAAUCACAACCAAUUCCUGAACAAACUGAAGAUGUUAAAGUUAUUGUUGCAAAAAAUUUUGAUGAAAUUGUUAACGAUAAUAGUAAAGAUGUUUUAAUUGAAUUCUAUGCUCCAUGGUGUGGUCAUUGCAAAUCACUUGCUCCUAAAUAUGAUGAAUUAGCUAAGAACUUGAAAAAAGAAAAUAGUAUUGUCAUUGCUAAAAUGGAUACCACUGAAAACGAUGUUCCAAGUUCAUAUAAUGUUCGAGGUUUUCCAACAAUUUAUUUUGUACCUAAAAAUGAUAAAAAUAAUCCAAGAAAAUAUGAAGGUGGACGUGAAGUUGAUGACUUUAUUAAAUAUUUAGCUAAAGAAGCUACAGAACCACUUAUUGGUUAUGAACGUGAUGGAACAAAGAAGACUGGUACAGAUCAAGAACUUUAA